CGCUGUAUUGUGAAGUUCGUAAUCAUUUUUUUUUAUUGUACUUUUUUUCCGUUGCCAUUCAAUUUCAUUCGUAGUGUAACGGUUGCUUUUUUUUAGUUAGACCAUUUAAAACAGUUGAAUAAAAGUGCUCAAAACUUAAAAAAUUUGUUCAAGAUAAAUUAAAAUUAGUGAUCUAAAUAUAGAAUUUAUAGAGCUUAGAGAUUUAAACAAUUUUUAAGAAAAAAUGAACGCUUUGGUUUUAUUUACGAUAAUUUUGCCGACGAUCGAAAUGAUCAUGGCACGUCCACAACAGCCACAAAUCGAACCAGCCUAUCUGCGUGAUUAUUAUGCACAACUUUCACAACAGAAUCCGAACGCAAUCCGUGGAUCAGUUCAGGAUGUUACACCAAUUUUUGAGCAAAACACAUCAUUCCAACCGUCACCACAAGUAUCUGUUGGCCAACAAAUCCGAGUCCGUGAUCCAGUUCAAGAACAGAUUCGAGUGCAACAACCACAAUAUUCAGUACCAACAUCAGUACGACAAUAUACUCAACAACAACAGCCACAAUACCAACCCCAAUACCAACAACAACACAUCCAAUACAAUCGACCACAAACGCCAACUAAGCAAACGUUAGCCAUCCCACGUAAACCGCAAAUACAACAAUAUCAAUCGCAACGUGAUCCAGAAGAACAAGAAGAAGAAGAAAAUGAGGGAAAUUCAUCGUAUCAAUUUGGUUUCGAUGUUAAAGAUGAUGAGUACACAAAUUAUCAACAACGCAAAGAAGUACGUGAUGGUAAUGUGAUCAAGGGAUCAUAUUCAGUUGUCGACAGCGAUGGAUUCAUUCGAACCGUGACAUAUACCGCCGAUCCCAAAGAAGGAUUCAAAGCCGAUGUUGUGCGUCAACCAACGGAUAUUGUGGUGAAAGUUCCAACACCAGCACCGGAAAACAGCAUUGGAAAAUUGUCAAGACCUCAACCACACUUUUUGCCACAACAAUCGCAAUACCGUCAACAAGCACAACGACAACAACAACAACAACAGCAACAUCAGCAACAUCAGCAACAGCAACAGCAACAAAUUAGACAACCCAUCCAAGUUCAACCUGAAUACGAAUAGAGUGAUGUCAAACGAAUUUCAUUAUUUUUCAACAAAAACACAACCAAAACCUGAUGAAUAUCAACGAAAGCAUCGUCAAAAUGCAAAUUUCAUCAAUUAAAUAGUGCCCAUUGUAUCUUAUGAAUUAGACAUUUAUUUGUUAUGUUUUUUCUUUUAUUAUAUUUUCUUUUCUCUAUCUCGCAAUCGUCAGGACAUCCUACAUUCGUAUUUUUACAUUAAAUCUCCUUUCAUUCCGAAAUUUA